AUGAAUAAAACUCUCUUCACCUUAUGCUUGAUGGUCGGCGUUGUCUCAUCGAUCAAUUUGUCGGGCAUUUUUCAAAAUAUCAAAAACAAACCUUUUGCACUUGUUUGUAGUGCAGUUUCAUCGAAUCCGAGUAUAGCAAAUGGAAUCUUAACAAAGUUGAAUGAAGCUUUAGCAAAGGGCGACGGUGAUCAAAAAUUUCCACUGUCCAUUCAGUAUCUUUCUAACACAGCAAAUCAGAACAAGUUCAAAGCUGGCGGAGACCAGUGUCAAGAUUUCUUCAAUGGUCUCCUAGAUCAAUUCAAACAAGACUUGCCUCAAAAUUCAAAACCAGCUACCGAUGUCAAAGACAAAUUUAUUCAAUUCCUCAAAAACAAAAUUGAAGCAUUAAAAGCAUUCUUCAACUAA